AGUUACUGUGCAUCCAAUGUUCCGCGAAACGCGAAUCAAAAAAUCAAGACGUACUUCCCUCUCAUUGCUGCUGUCGCCUCCAAAAAUUCCCACUGCUAUCUCCCGGAACGUGAGAGGUGUCGUUCAUCCCAAACAACAUGAGUGCAUCAGUUGUCCCCAAGCACCGUCGCUUGGGAUCUCUUCCCAGUGAGUCCUUUGCAGAAGACGAUGGUCCUACAACAACGACCAAAGCUCUCUUGGUCUCGGUUGUGGCUCCGUGUUAUUUUACCAUUACCCAAGAAGAAGACGACGUAGAAUCGGAAGAAUUGGACAAGAUAGAAGGAAACGAUAAUGAUGAGAAUGAUAUAGAAGAGCCCAAGAGUGAUAAAGCAGCAAAUGACUCUGCUAGCACUCCCCCAGGAUCGGCGGCAGACAAGGAUCAUCCUCUGCUACGAGGUACAAUCAGAAACUCGGAACAGCCAUCCGGGCCCACAAGUGUCACAACCACCACAGCCCUCGUACCUCUCAAUGACACAACCACUACGUUUGCCGAGAAAAAAUCUAGCAGCAGCAGCAGCAGAAGCAGCAAGAAAAAACACCGAAUCACUCAUAGUGUGGACAGCAUGAUCGCUUCCUUGAGUAUAUCUUCUAAAUUGUCAGCCAACGGUGAUAAUCCACCAUCCAAAAAGGGUAGCAAUGCAAGUACCAGGACACAUCGAAGCACUCGAAGUAUCGACAGUGUCCUCACCGCUAUAAGUCUCUUAUCGGGUGUGGAACCACAGGAUGAAGAAGCUAUGCCCAUGAGGGACAUUGUUCAGGUAGAUUCCACAGAAAGCCAAGAAAUCACCCCAGAACAAGCUGCAGCCGUCAAGAAUGACCACAGAGAUCCAAGAAAGCGAGAGGUUCACAUCGAGGAGCUGCUUCGUAUUCAGUUCCAAAAGUUGUUGGCAGAGUAUCACUUUUUAAACCUCCCAACCUAUAAUCACGUCCAGGAUAAGAAUGUCAAUCGAGAUGAAAUUGCUCCUUUCAAACGACGUGGAUCGAUUAUUCGAGAAAUUCGGCAAAACGGAGAUCCCACAUCAUGGAUUCGUGUGGAAGUAAUGGCUCGUCCAGCCUCUUUGGGAAUUAUCUUGGCUCGUCUGGAACAUAUUGGAGUUGGAACAAACGUCGGAACUGUUUCUGUCUACAAGGCAGAACUUUGCAGGACGGCUUCUCCGUAUCUCAUGAUACCCAACAAUGAAUCGAACAUGACAGCAGGAGCGUCGUCCACAGAAACAACCGGAGAGUCGUCUUCCAAGCAGGACGAGACUCUGCCUCCGGACGCCAGCGAUGGUGCCCUGAGUGUCGCCACCAAGGGCGCCUCUAUUUCCGUGCUCGGCAGUGUUGCGCUGGAUGCCGAUGCGGAAAAGAUGCGGGCGGAACGGCUGAUUGCCGAAGCCAAGGCUGAAUGGAAGAAUGCAGCAACCCGCCUCAGGAUCGAACAAGUUAGAGAGCAGAUACAAAAUGGAGCGGCUCUGAGUUUUGAUUUCAUCGCUCUCUUGACCAUUGCAGGCAUCCUGGCCGGUAUUGGACUUAUCACCGACAAUACCGUUGUCAUUGUGGCAUCCAUGUUGGUGUCGCCAAUCAUGGGUCCCGUGCUGGGUCUAACCUUUGGCAGUCGAGUCAGAGAUUGGCCCCUGGUCACUGGAAGCCUUUUCAAUGAAUCAAUGGCCUUGAUGGUUUGUGUACUGAUUGGAUUGCUGAUUGGCAUUUUGGCAGGUUUUACGAAGGACGCUCGUGAAAAUUGGCCCACAAGUGAAAUGGAAUCGAGAGGUGAUGUGAUUGGGUUGUUGACGGGUGUGGCAGUUGCCAUUCCUUCAGGUGCAGGUGUCUGCUUGUCGAUUUUAGGAGGCAACACAUCCAGUCUGGUCGGGGUUGCCAUUUCGGCGUCCUUGUUGCCCCCAGCAGUCAAUGCUGGAAUCUGUUUCAUGCACUCGAUUCUGCUCGCUUUUGAUGUUGUCACGGUGGAUAAUGAUUAUACGGCUGGCGACUUUGCCCAGAUUGGAGCCAUCUCCUUUACAUUGACAGUGGUCAAUAUCGUUUGUAUUUGGGCUGCCGGGAUUCUCAUGUUUCACUUUAAAGAAGUGGCACCAACGGAGAGCAAGGGUGCGUUUUGGGCCAAAGAUAUCAAGGUGGCUCGGGAAUGGAACACCAAGCGGUCGGCCAGUGGCAAACCACCACCGUUGGUGGAUAUGAGUGUUGUGACAAAUGGAGUGAAAUCCGCCUUGCAUAAGAGAAGGAAGGAACGAAGCAACGAGGCCAAAGAGAAAGAGAGCCUUCGACCCAUCAAGACAGUCAAGAUCAAACCACCCAAGCGGAUUCCUUCGACGUCCCGCUAUGAUCGCCCCAAUCUGAAUUCAGCCUUUGCUUUCAAGCCGACCAGCAAACGAGCACUGUACACACCACUUGACCGCCACCAAUACGCGCAAGGUGAUCCUGCAUUAGGCAUUGUACAGGAGGAGAAGGAAAGCAAGGAUGACCUUCGCGACGAUGAAAGUGAAGCCUUUUAUGUGGAUUUGUCAGACAUGGCCGUAUUGUUGGGGCUUGACGAUGAGGAGGAGGAUGAUACCUUGAACAUUUUCUGGCAGAGAAUCCCCAGCCGAUAGAGACAAUGCUGGAAAGGCACUCCCCAUUCGAGCCCAUUCCUUUUUGUCGAAAAAGAACAUAAUUGCCGGAUGAAUUGCCUAACAUUUUGUACUUUGCAAAGCAUGUAAGAUUCUGUAACAACAUCCCCUGGUUAUAGUUGUUAGAGCCUACUACCGUC